AAUAAAUUGCAAAUUGAGAAAAAUGCAGAUAUCUCCAAUGAUCUACAACAAAGCAAAGUCGAACUAGAAACAAUUAAAACGCUUGAUGGACAGGUGUUGUCUAAAAUAUGGAAAAUAGCAGCAUGUGAUGUAGCUUACGCCGGUUCGGAAUCUUCAAAAAUAACAAAUGAAUCGCAAUUGAGAAACAAAAGAGAAGAGGUAUUAAAACAACUGACGGACAAACUAAGACAGUCAAGUGCAAUUAUGUUGGACAACGAAGGGAGAUUGAUGCUGCAGCAUGUUAAAAUACACCUAGUGGAGGAAGUAGAGAUCUUAAGACAGCAGAUUCAAAAGCAAAGGAAACAACAACUUGUGGCAGAAUCUUUCGCAAAUGAAGAAAUUACAAAGCUGGAAGAUGAAAUAGAAGAUCGAAAACGAAAGCAGACUUCAUCCAAAGUCUUCGCCGAAAAAGAUUUAGACAAAAUGGAGUUUCAACUUCAAGACCAAAUAACCAAACGAAGAUCCGUCUGUUUUAAUAUACCACCAAGGUGUCGAAUCAUUAUUCUUUUCCUGAUAUAA